AUGGCUGCCCAGCUAGUGGCUGGUGACGGUGAAUGUGCUCUCUCUGGUUCUCCCGAGCUAAAUACAGCCAAGGCUAAGAAAGAACAACUUGAACAAUUUGUGGUCAAUGAUGCGGGCACUCAAGAAACAACCAUGUUUGGUCAAAAGGUCAAUAACUCGGACAGCUUAAAGGCUGGCAUCGACGGUCCUACUUUAUUGGAAGAUUUUAUGCUGCGUGAAAAAACAAUGAAGUUUGAUCAUGAAAGAAUCCCUGAACGUGUUGUUCAUGCCAGAGGUGUCGGUGUUCAUGGCUACUUUGAGUCUUAUGGCGACUACUCAAACAUCACAGCUGCUAGCUUUUUGAACAAGAAGGGUAAGCAAACCCCCAUCUUUGUUCGUUUCUCUACUGUGCUUGGUUCUCGUGGCUCUCCUGAUACUGCCCGUGAUGUUCGUGGUUUUGCUGUCCGCUUCUAUACAGACGAAGGCAACUUUGAUAUGGUUGCUAAUGCUAUUGCUCCCUUCUUUGUCAAUGAUGGUAUUAAGUUCUUAGAUCUCAUUCAUGCUGCCAAACCUCAACCUGAUAAAGAAGUGCCUCAAGCUGCUACUGCUCAUGAAACCGCAUAUGAUUUUUUUGCCGAGUUCCCCGAGUCAACACAUACACUUCUUUGGGUUCUUUCCGGUCGUGGCAUUCCUCGCUCUUUAAGACAGGUCGAAGGUUUUGGUGUUAACACUUUCAGACUGAUUACUGAAGAUGGUGUCUCUCGCUACGUUAAGUUCCUCUGGAAGCCUAAACAAGGCUUGGCCAAUCUUGCUUGGGACGAAGCUCAAAAACUGGCUGGUAAAGAUACUGAUUUCCACCGCAACGAUCUCUACCAAGCUAUUGAGCGAGGUGAUUAUCCUGAAUGGGACUGGGGUGUUCAAAUUGUCGAAGAAGCUGAUUUUGACAAGUUUAAUUAUUCUCUUUUGGAUGCUACCAAGAUCAUUCCUGAAUCUGAAGUCCCUUUCUUUCCUUUGGGCAAACUUGUCUUGAACCGUAACCCUGACAACUAUUUCGCUGAAACUGAACAAGUGACUUUCCACCUUGGACACAUCGUACGUGGUAUCGGCUUUACCAAUGAUCCCCUCUUGCACAGCCGUUUGUUCUCUUACCUUGAUACUCAACUGAACCGUAUGAACAGUGUGAAUUACAUGCAGUUGCCUAUCAAUCGUCCUCUUGUUCCUGUACACAACAACCAACGUGAUGGCUACAUGCAGACUCAAAUUCAUAAGGGUAAAGUAGCUUAUUCUCCCAACAAGAUCCAAGGCGACACACCUUCCAUGGUCCCUCCUGAUCAAGGAGGUUUUAUUGAACACCCUGAAAAGAUUGAUAAUGCACACAAGAUUCGUGGACGUUCUUCCAAGUUCUAUGAUUAUUAUUCUCAAGCCCAAUUGUUCUACAACUCCUUAACUGAACCUGAAAAGCAACAAGUGGUAGAUGCUGCUCGUUUCGAACUGGGUAAGUCCAAGGAUCUAGAUGUUCGUCAAAGAAUGGUCGACGUAUUAAACCAUGUCGAUAAUAAUCUUGCUCGUCGUGUUGCUUUGGGUCUUGGUAUCAGCCUUCCUUCAAAGAAGUAUGAAAACCAUGGUCAUACCUCCGUCGGCCUUUCGAUUGACAAGUACCCCAAGCCAGACAAUAUCAGAACCCGGACUGUUGCUAUUCUCACAGCACCUGGUACAAAGACACGCGAAGCCAAGGCCAUGUUUAAGUAUCUUCAAUCCAAGGGCGCUUAUCCCGAAUACAUUGGUAUUCAUUUAGGUGAUCAAAACGGUUUGAAUAUCACAGCUACUUAUUUGACGGGUAACUCUGUGUUGUACGAUGCUGUCUAUGUCCCUGGUGGCGAUAUUUCUAUGAUGAUGCUAAAAACACCUACUCCAUUCUUCCCUGUGGAUGAACCCAAGGUGUUUGUGAUGGAUGCUUUCCGCCAUGCAAAGCCUAUUGCUGCUACUACUGAAGGUAUUGAAUUGUUGAGAUAUGCAGGUAUUACACUUCCAGAAGGCGAUAGUGGUUUGCGUGAAAAGGAUGGUAUUAUUCUGGGUGAUUCUGAAAGUCAAAUCCAAAAGCCUUUUGAAGAAGCAUUAAAGAUCCAACGAUUCUGGUCUCGUUUACCUGUUGAUCCUGUGGUACGUAUAUAUAUGCAUAUAUUUCUUUUUGUUUGUUAUUAA